UCCCUGAUGAGGAACAGAUUUAGUCCUGUGAACAGGAGAAAAAAGGCCUUUUCUUUUUGUGCAGAAUAAGCAGCCCCACAUUUGUUUUGUUCACCCAGAGAGUGACAAGGCCAGCAAUAGCCUGGGGGCAACGCCUGACAGAGAGGAAGGACAAACGGAGGUCGUGCAUGAGGAAGGAGAAGCCAGCUGCACGCCUGAGCGCAGCUUGCAAAAGCCGGAGCUGAGCCAUGCUGGGAGGAGACCGGAAAGGAAGGCACAUCCAGGUACUCACUGAGCCUCGGGCACUUCUAGGCUUCGGCUGUCCCUCUCCUUGUUUGACGCCUGCCUGCUAACUGCCAAUGGUUUGUGGAACAGGAAUCCUUCGUUCUGGUGAAGUCAGACUCACCCACAAUCAGCAGAGUGGCCGCUCCAGCCAGCAUUCCCACCAGGAGUGCCAAAGAGAUCCUCUCUCUCCACGUCCUCGCCGGUGUCAGGACCAGUGGGGCGGCCUGCGGAGAUCCCGUGGCGGCACCAGGUCCCCACCCUACCUGGGACAAUACUCCCUGGAAAGCGGCUCUCCACCCACUUCCACACCCCACACUGGCUGGCAAGGCCCCCUGAACCCCACUCCAAAAAUGCAGGGGAACCGCCCCAGAAUCCCUAUCCACCCACUGCUUCACCCAAGGGACUGGCAGACAAUGGCCUUGCAGGCUGCUCUGCCUCCCCUGGGGUCCCGUGGGACCCCCACCCACUGCAGCCUCCUGCUCCUGCUUCUCAGCCUCGGGUGGGUGCUACCUUCCAGGGUCCGGGCUGCAGACUCACGACCGGGUGUCACGACCCCCUGGCUGCAAGGCACCUCCCGGGACCUGUCUUGGCAGCGGCCUGAGCUGACCGUCCUCCUCCCGAGGGACCGGCGGGACACAGAGAAGAAAGCCUGCCCACCAGAGCGGAGGGCCCGUGUGGUGGAUGAAAACCUUGUCUUCUACGAGCCCUGGGAGCUGGAGGCCUGUGUAGAUGGGGCCCUGCUGGCCGCCCAGAUGGACCGGGUGAACACGGUGCCCUUCACCUACCAGCAGCUGGGCGUUUUUAAGCGCAAAUUGGACGAGCUCUAUCCACAGGGGUACCCCGAGUCCCUGGUCCGGCACCUCGGGUACUUCUUCCUUGAGCUCACCCCCGAGGACAUCCACAAGUGGAACGCGAUGUCCCUGGAAACCGUGCAAUCUCUUCUUGAAGUCAGCAAAGGGCACGAAAUGGAUGCUCAGGUGGCUGCCCUGAUUGCCCGCUAUCUGGCGGGAAGGGGCCAGCUGGACAGGGCCACCCUGGACACACUGGCCGCUUUCCAUCCGACGUACCUGUGCUCCCUCGGUCCUGAGCAGCUGGAGUCAGUGCACCACAGCGUUGUUUGGGCAGCCCGGCCCCCGGAUCUGGAUGCGUGCCGCCCGGCCCAGAUGGACGUACUCUAUCGCAAGGCCCGCCUUGCCUUCCAGAACACGAGCGGGUCUGAAUACUUCGAGAAGAUGAAGCUCUACCUGGGUGGGGCCCCCACGGAGGACCUGCGGGCUCUCAGCCGUCAGAACAUAAGCAUGGACUUGGCCACAUUCCGGACGCUGCGGCCCGAGGCGGUGGUGCCGCUGACCGUUGCCGAGGUCCGAAACCUUCUGGGUCCGAACCUGGUGGGCCUGAAGACGGCGCGGGAGAGCAGCCCCGUGCGGGAUUGGAUCUCACGGCAGCGGCAGGAGGACCUGGACAGUCUGGGCCUGGGGCUCCGAGGCGGCAUCCCCAAUGGCUACCUGGUCGUGGACCUCAGCUUCCGAGAGGCCCUCUCGGGGGGCGCCCGCCUGCUCCGACCCGGACCUGUGCUCGCUGCGGUCCCGACUCUGCUGUGGGCUUUGGUCCCGAACUGAGCCCGCUGCUCCGGAUGCUGGACCCGCCCUGCUGGAGGCCCUGCCUGGCCAAAGCGGCCCCGGUGCUCCCUGGCCCGCCUCAAGGGGACUGGGGUUCAAUAAAAGGACACUUUCCUUCCCUGCA